UUUGACCCUGUGACCUCUCAGUCCCUCUGCUCUCCCCCACCCCCACUUCCCCAACCCCAUUCUGCUCUGCCAUGCUGUGCUCUGAAGAGUCACCUGCCAUCUGCCCCAGGAAGUGGCUUUGCUGGGCUCUUGGAGCAUGCCACUGCUUCAAUCAAGGGGUCUGCAUGGACAGCAGUCUAUGACCUGUACAGUACCUAUGAUUACACAGUUCCACCCGUGGAGAAAACCCCGGUGAAAACCAACACUCAUACAGCUCUUUCUUCUCAGUGGUAUGGAAGAGUAGCUCUGUGUUCUGGCAUGGCUGCAAAACACUUCAUAGAUACAGGAACUGGCAUCAUAAAGAAAGAUUAUAGAGGAAAUAUUGUUGUUGUACUGUUUAAUUUUGGCAAAGAAAAGCUUGAAGUAAAAAAGGGUGACCAAACUGCCCAGCUCAUUUGUGCACUGACUUUUUAUCCAGAAAUAGAGAAAGUUCAACAUCUGGACAACAUUAAAAAAGGUUCAGGAGGUUUCAGUCCCACUGUAAAGAAUAAAAUUGAUGCCAAGAAUAGAAAAAUGAAAAAAUGUACUUUUUUCUUAAAAAUAAAGAGUUCUUCUUUACUGUUUUGCACUUCUGUAAACUUAAUAGCUCUAGCUUCUAAAAAUGUUUGGUUCUCUUAUAUCAAGGAAAGGGUACUCUGUUGGGAUCACACAGAACUUUACUUUGUUUUGUUUUUCUACAUUUGA